AUGGCCAUGGCAAAAAAACCCUAUAAGUGGAUCAGCAAGGAGAUCGACUCCCUGGAUGCACACAAAGAUUAUACAGAAAUUUUUCGGCUGUCCAUGAGUUAUGGUGGUAACGACUUUAUGAAUACCUUGAUUUAUGCAUUGGUAUUCCCCAACUUCAUCGUCACCGAAUGGGGUGCCCGUGCCGUAUGGCGUCAAGACGGCGGAAAAGUCCUGAAGAAGGCAGGGCAUAGGGAGGAGAAUACGGAAAACAAGAACAUGGUUUGGUGGUGGUAUGGCCCACACGACCCGAGAACGAAGCAGUCUGUCGACAGUAUCAACAAUCUCCACACGUACUGGGCGAAGCACUUCAAGGGCGACUUCUCGCACAACGAUGACUACAUCUACACCCUCGCCUUCUCCGCCAUUCUCAUGCAUAGGCUCCGGCUCAAGCUGGGUCUCUCAGACGUCUCUGACAAAGUCAAGACUGCUUCUUACCUGGUCAUGACCGAUAUGGUGCCCCUCUUUUAUUCCGAAGGAGGCGUGCCCCUUCACUCCUGGCCCAAAGAUUUCGACGGCUUGGUUAAAUUCUGCGAGGAUUUCGAAAACCAGCCUCAUCCUGGGUCGGAGCGAGGCAACCUCUGCGCCAAUGCUUUGUACGACUUCUUCGCUUUUCGGUACUUCCCCAAGCCUCUGCGAUGGCUGGGACGUUCAAUCGUCCUCUCGCUGAGUUUGCCGACCACGUUGAAAGCUCACAGGAUCGACCCGCCCAACCCAAUCUUGUCUGCUAUCAUCCUCUGGGUCUUCGGCUGGUUGUUCUGGAUUCAAGACAACGUCCUACCUGAUCCCCAAAUGUCGUUUUACGAGGAAUUCAGCAGCAUGUCAACAGAAGAGCAAAACAAGCGCAACCAGGAUAUCCGGAAAAUUGACAAAGAGUAUGCUCCGCACUUUGCUGCUCGUUACUCCAAAGCUCCGCAAUGGGGUGGUUGCCCUUACCAUGAAGCUCUGAAGACGGUAGAGGCGGGCACAGUCCCAGAGAACGAGUACAAACAUGACUGA